AUGUAUUACGGUACAGGUUUUACUUCUGAAGAGACAGACAGUGACGAGUUUUUAUUUGAUGAUGAGCCGAAAAAACGUAAAAACUACUUCACCUUUCAAGAGAAUGCAGUUAAAAAGACUGAAAAUAAAUUACAAGCAGCUAUAAUAAAUGGUGACCUUAAAGAGGUAGAGAAAAUUAUAGAUCUUGAGUUAAACAAUGUAAAUUUUAAACUGGACAGCGGAUGGACAGCUCUCAUGCAUGCUUGUUUUCAUGCUCAAAAGAAAAUUGUUGAUUAUCUUCUUGAAAAAGGUGCAGAUCCAAAUCUACAUUCAGAUUCCGUGACACCUGUGAUGGUAGCAUGUUCGAAUACCAAUGCAAGUGAAGACAUAUUUUAUGAUAUAGUAAAUAACUUAAUUGCACACAAUUGUUUACUGAAUAUUGGUGAUAAAUAUGGGCAAACACCGUUAAUGAGAGCUGUUGGCAGUGGUUUAGUGACAGUGGUACAACUUCUACUAUCAAAGGAUAUAAAUAUUGAAAUGCGAGAUAGACAAGGAUGGACUGCACUUUUCUGGGCUUCACAUCACAAUCAAGCUAAAAUUCUAGAAAUUCUAAUAGAAAAAGGCGCGAGAGUUAAAGAAGUGGAUAUGAACGGGAGAACUGUUAUGGAUAUAGCACAAUCUCACGGAUAUCCAGAGAUUAUAGAAAUGCUUAACAAAUAUUUUGUAAUGGAAGACGAAGACAUUUACGAACAAGAUAUAAAUGAAUUGACCACUUGGCAAGAUUAUUAUCCGGGAAUGAAUAGCGAUGAAAGACCAAAAUACACCAAUGAAAUAUCACAUCUUUUAUAUGGUAUGAAUUGUGAAAGAUUAAGUGGUGUCAUUAUAAAAAAUAAUGUCGAUUUGAGAAGCUUUCUACUUCUAGAAGAUGAUGGUAUGAGAGAACUGGGAAUUGACAUGCCAUUUGAAAGGCAAAGACUGAAAUAUGGACUCAGAGCAUUUCAUACAAAAUCAUGGAAAUUGAAUACAGUUGCCGGACUUCAUGUUAACAAAGGAGAUAAUUAUAAUGUCGUCGAUUGCCUGUCAAUAUUAGGAAGUCAUUUACAACAAAUAUAUAUAUUGGAAGCGACAUUACAGUAUGUUCUACGUGAUUACUGUCGGAUCCAAAAUCAGAUUAAAUUUGAACCACCAGAUUCGCCCAUUACUAGACAGAUGCAAGUCGGUGUUAAGAAAAUCUUGGGAAAUAUCAACAGUAUUAGACGAGAGAUCAAAGCUAUGAAAGGGAUUCAUACAAAGAUUAGUAAGAAUAAUCCUAAACCAGCUGAUCUGAUCAAAGAGAAGUCAACCAAAGACAUCGCAUUUGGAUACCUUACUGAAAUUUUAGCUGUUUGCUCCUUAGGAGUUCUUACCUACACUGCCAAAAACUAUGUUACAAGUUUUAUAAAAAAAUAA